GCAAGAGAGGAAGGGGGCAGCAGGAAGAGGGUGAAAUAGAAAUUAAUAUGAAAAGAGGAAGGAGACAUGUUCAAAUGCUUUAUUUGAGAAGAGAUUUGAUCAGGACAAGAUGUUAAGAUCAAGUCUCCUGCUUCUCCCGCUCUUCCACUCCACGUACUGCAUGCUGCUGGGAUGGGUGGAGUCUCCAGGUUAUCCCAAUGGGUACUUACCUCAAGCUAGCCUAAAUUGGAGCAGGUGCGCCCCCAAAGGUCACAGCCUCUCCAUAAGGUUCAUCCACCUGGACCUGGAGGACAGUAUCGACUGUGAAAAUGAUGCAGUGAAGAUCUUUUCAAAUGGAAACUUAAUUUCCGUUUUGUGUGGCACAAAGGAAUUUGAGGAGCUUCAGUCCACUGUAAAUCCUGUACUUUUUUCGCCCCCGGGUGGCUGCCUCGCCCUUUCGUUCCACUCGGACUACUCAAACAUAAAGAGGCACACCGGCUUUAGAGGCUUUUAUACAACCCAAGACUAUGAUGAAUGCAAGGAUAACGAAAUCAACCAAUGCACCCAGUUCUGUCACAACUUCAUCGGAGGGUACCACUGCUCCUGUCGCCACGGCUACCACCUGGAUGUGGACAACCACACUUGCACUGUGAACUGCAAUGAGGACCUGUCAGGAAAGAGCAAAGGUAUCAUAUCCAGUCCUUCCUGGCCCAACUCGUACGCAGAGAACGCAAACUGUCAGUAUACGCUGCUCGUGGACUCCCAGUCUCAGGUGGAGCUCCACUUCUCGGACGUUUUUGAUGUGGAACAAGGCCCCGAUGGUCAAUGCAUAGAUGCACUGAGAAUUGAGACUCCCUCUGGGACUCUGGGACCGUUCUGUGGCAACACGCCUCCCAAAUCGCCAUUUCUCACUCACGCAAACAAGCUCACGAUCCGUUUCACCACUGACGACUUUGGCACCAACAAAGGAUUCCACCUCAGCUUCACGACCAAAGAUAAGGUAUGUCCAGCAGUGGUGACCUCACACUCCACCGUGACUCCCAAGAAAGCAGAAUAUAAUCGUGGCGAAGAAGUGACGGUCACUUGUGACGAGGGCUAUGUUGUAAAUGACGAUAAAGGCAUCCAUGACGUGAAAUCAGAGUUCAGUGCAAUGUGCCAUAGCACAGGCAUAUGGACUCCCAGCUACACCUGUGAAUUGGUCAAUUGUGGACUUCCUGAUAUACCGAAAGAUGGCAUUCUUCAGCUGGUGGGUUCAGAUGACCCACAAACUCAAUAUAAAGACCAGAUCCAGUUUAGCUGCAGCUCAAAGUACUACACGCUGGAAGGAGAUGACACAUUCAUUUGCAGUGCCAGUGGCGAAUGGAUAUCAACUAAUGGAAAUGCAGAGUUUCCAAAAUGUCUUCCAGUGUGUGGGCAGCCUGAAACACUGAUAGCAGGUACAGGAAGAAUUUUGGGAGGUCAGGAUGCAAAACUGGGAGAAAUACCAUGGCAGCUAUUCAUAAAAGAGCCCAGCAGAGGAGGAGCAUCCCUGAUAAAUGAUCAGUGGGCUGUGACGGCGGCUCAUGUUGUGGAUGGGCACGAGAACAGCCCUUUGAGUGUCUUUGGUGGACUGAUAGAUAGAACGACAACAAAUGCCCCAAAUGCACCUUCCUUGACCACUAACAGGAUCAUAAUUCAUCCUGGCUACAGAAAGGGGAUCACUGGAAGUGCACGCACUGAUUAUAACAAUGAUAUUGCUCUUAUAAGAUUCAGCUCCAGAAUCACAUUAGGCCCAAACCUGCUUCCCAUUUGUCUGCCAGAAGAAAACAGUGGUGUGAUGGAAAAUGAACAAGGUACAGUGUCAGGCUGGGGGGUGACAGAGAACAGACAGUUAUCAGAUGUUUUAAAAUAUGCUCAUGUUUCAGCCUACUCACGCAGAGAGUGUGAGAAUACACCUCUCAUUUCACGUGGGAAGUCCAUGAUUUUCAGUAAUAACAUGUUCUGUGCUGGAGACAGCGGGAAGGACAGUUGUAAAGGAGACAGUGGAGGUCCUUUUGUUUUGCCCAUGUUGUCUUCUAGCAGUGGGCCUUACUAUCUGACUGGGAUUGUGUCAUGGGGAGCUCGCUGUCGGAUUCCCCAACCAGAUUCAACUAGAAUAGUGAACAAGGGUUAUUAUACCAAGGUAGGGAAUUAUGUGAAGUGGAUUAAGCAGACAAUAGAGAGAGUAGAGGCAGAAGAAUCAGAGAGAAAGUAAAAUAAAUGAUGAAGAAAACACUCUGUUAUAUAUGAUAAUAAAAUCAUUUUCAGGGCUGAUUCACAUUUAAAAAAUGACUUUGCUUAUAAAAUAAAGACCACAACCUUAUAAUCAAAUGUACCAAAAUAAAUAACACAAUCACAACAGCUUGUUAUUUCUACAUUGUUUCCUAUUAAAGAGAAAUG